AUGGCGUCGACCAGAGAGCUGUCGUGCUUGGCCUGUUUUAUAAACAUUCUAAUAAUCGGGGUGGACGGUCACCUGGAAGAAGGCACUCACGACUUUGUAGGGCAUCGAGCGGAUACAGAUUACCAGAAAGGGUUCGAUUUGGUCAAUGAUGUCAAAUAUGCUUGGUCUCAUAAUGAAAUCAGUUCGAGAGCCGCUUUUCAUAAUUUCUUAAACUUAAAGAAGAAAUAUGGCCACAUUUCCGCGCAAGCUCGCCGAAAAUUAAUAGGAGACGCCAACAUUCAGGAGCGUGUUAGAAAACACAACUUUCAGCACAGUUUGAGCCUGACACACGUCCCAGGAAACGCAGCAGAACCUUUUAAACUGAGUACAGUGAACGGUUGGAUGAAAGACGAGGUCCUCGUGUACCCUUCUCCGCUCUUCCUCAACUCGUCAAUCCUUUUCCAUGCCUUUAAUUCACACUCGGGUUUUCUGGACGCUCUAUGGAAUAGCAAUGACUCCUUGGCGUCCGCCAUGUCUAUGCUGAAUUCCACCACUGUUAAUGUCCACUAUGUGUUCCUGGCACAGGAAGGGGACGCUUUAAGCAUGGCGGGACUGUUGAUUAAAGCUGCUCAUGCUGUAAAAAGACCAGAGCUGUUAUCCAACCUUCAUUUUGCCUUACACCCAGUGUACAAGUUGGGCAACUGGAUCCCUGGUUUACUGAAGGAAUGGCAGUGUCAGGAUCAUGGAUGUGGACUGGAUCAACUGGUACUGGAUGAUAAAGUUGGUGUCCCUGAGGUUCUGAUGCGUCUGGAUGCUCACUAUGACUGGUUGCCAUCCCCAGUGUCAGUGUUUGGAAACAAGAGCACGGCAGUGAGGUCCAUGCUUGGCCUUGGUAAUGGCUGCAGGAAGGAGCCAUCAGUGAAAGGAAUGCUAGCCUAUGUCCUUGACGGGAGUGAUUGUUCUUAUUUUGAUAAGAUCAGCAGUAUGGAGGCGUCAGGUGCAGCAGGUGUGAUAGUUCAGGCACAACCUAACAGCUCUGUCUUUGACAUGAAGUGUGUGGGGAAGCAGUGUGAUGUACAACUCAGUAUACCUGCCACUGUGGUCAGAACUGACAAUACUAGACUAAUGAACAGGUUGAAAUUGGGGACUGUCAUGGCAUCCUUCCAGAACACACCAAGUGAUAACUUCUAUGUGGGAAUUGACACCAGGGGGCUCCUGGCAGAGACAGGCUGGUUCCUCUACCCGUCCCUGCAGUUUCUGGCUUGGCAGGCACAGUGGUUCACAUACAGACAGUUCCUAGAUGCCAGACUCUCUCGUCCAUGUACUGUAAUUCCUGUAUUCAACCACACCCGUAUGCAGGGAGCCAAGGGAGCCGUAGCAACUGUCAAGUUACCCAACAUCAAUGAGCUGCAUCAGUACAGCAGGAUAGAACUUGACAUGUCUCUGUCGUGUCCGGGGACGCGGGACGUGGACUGCGCUCACUGGGACCACACCGUCCAGUUAUAUGUCUGCUGUAAUAGGACAGAUGGACAGCUGUGUAAUGCUGAGCUGGGACGUUGGAUUAGCCCCUUCAGGAGGCGUAUUGGUCGCUGGCUGACAGAUGUGUCCAGUCUCCGCCCCCUGCUUGAGUCCAGCAAUGGUCAGUGUACCUUGACCAUGAAGACUGCCCCCUGGGCCCUGCCCUGGAUGCCUUCAUUGAACCUCAGACUGUGUAGAAAUAAAGGUAAGACUGCCCCCUGGGCCCUGCCCUGGAUGCCUUCAUUGAACCUCAGACUGUGUAGAAAUAAAGAUGUGACUCCAACACCAUCUACAGUUCAGCCAUUAUGGUCGCCAGGGGCAACCUUUGAUAAAAACUACAAUAAGCACUUUCAGCCUAUUUCAUUUAAUGUUCAGAAUAAUGUGAAGAAGGUGGAGUUGGUGUCAGUGAUCACAGGGCAUGGGAGUGAUGAGAAUGGUUGUGGAGAGUUUUGUCCGACAUCGCACCACUUUGUUGUCAAUGGGAAAACUUACAGUAGAACAUUUGACACUGCAGGGACCCCCUUGGGGUGUGCAGACAGAGUCCCCCAGGGGGUCACCCCCAAUGAACAUGGCACCUGGCUGUAUGGCAGAGAUGGCUGGUGUGACGGACAGCAAGUGGAUCCUUGGGUCAUAGAUGUAACCAGUGCAGUGAAGAUAGGACAAGUGAACACAGUCUCUUACUAUGGCUGGUAUAAAGGAAGAGACCCCAACCCACAACACAACCCUGGGGUCAUGAUAUUCUACUCAUAUCUAGUGACAUAUACUUAGUAACAGGUGCUUGAGAUGGUGACAGAUAUAACUGUUCAGUUAUACAAUCCAGGGUUAUGAUUGUGAAAUACCUCGACUACUAGUACAUCAACCCUGAAAAAAGUCUUUUAUUGUGUGUUUAUCAUACAGGUUACUUUUGACAAACAAAUUUGCACUCUCAUUGACAUUAGUCAGUAUUAUCAGAUUCAUUUUAUUCAGAGAUUAAAGUUCAAGGAUUUUUCUGCAUACGAAGAGCUUCACAAUUGUAAUAUCAAAUUCUAAUCACUAAGAAAUAUUUAAAAGCAUUCCAACAUCUAAGUGAUUAAUGCUGGACCAGUCACUUUAUCUUAUGACAACAAAUUGCUGCUCUAGUGUGAAAUAAAAAAUGACCAUUGUGGGUGAAGGUCAUCAUUACCACUAUGAGGUCAAGGUCAAGUAUAAUAGUUCUGACCUUGACCUCCAUAAAAUGACCUUAACUGUUACUUUUCCACUGAUUCUCUCGUCUGUGAUAAGGCAUCAACAGCUAUAAAUAAUAUAUUGUUAUAUACAUCUUUAUGAAUAAGAGAUUGACUAUAUUUAUAUUUAGCAGCUGUUUUUAGGAUAUUGUCAUAAUUGCGAUGUAUACUAUCGCGCAUAUUUGUAUAAAUAUGAAAAUGUACAUUCUGAAAAUAUAUUGCAUUUUGUACAGAAUGUCUUUCCCGGUAAAGUUGUUU